GACCAAACACAACAAUUGAUUUCCGCCGGGCGGAUCGAGCCAGGCUUGUGUGUGUACCUUCGAUGGCCAGGGUAUUGCUUGCCAGGGUAUUGCUUGCCAGGAUUUGGCCUGCUUCGCCACAACUUCCCUCUCUUUCUCUACCGAAAGAAGGCAUUCGAGUGGUACAGCAAGUCUGCUGAUCAAGGCAACUCGUACGGGCAGUUGUUUGUUGGGUUUUCCUACUCCUAUGAAAACGGAGUCGCCAAGGACUACAUCAAGGCAGCUGAGUGGUAUCGCAAGUCUGCCGAACAGGGAAAUCGAUACGGAUAUAUUUAUCUCGGUUGCUGCUACAAGCAUGGCUUUGGUGUCCCUCAAGACAUCGACACCGCCGUUGACUGGUGGCGCAAGUCAGCUGACCAGGGCCACGAAGAUUCCAUCAACAUUCUCAAAUCCCUCGGCAAGUGGCCCUGA